GGUCGCCCAUGUCAAUCACUGACAGCCGUCGUAUCUCCUCUCCUUUCCACUCUUCAAAAAAUAAUAAUAGACCAAUAGUAGUCAUAAUUAAGGGUAAAAAAUAACAUAAAAGGGUCUUGAGGAGUCUUGACUAAUUUAUAUAGGAGAGCAAACAAGAAUUACGAUGUCUUGGGUUUCUCUAAAAAAUCAAUCUUGGGUUUUUUCUUUUUUUUUAUUAAAAAUUUAAAUUAAAUGGUUUCAUUUUCUUUCUUGUUUGAUUUACUUCUUAGAACGAUUAAUCUUAUUUUCUCUGUCUUAUUGUUCGUUUCCUUUUUCACACGGCUAACUAUCAAUUAGCUUAACAAAGCUCUUUUCUUUUCAAAGCUCCAGUCUUUCUGUCGCUUUCUUGGGAAAGCAAUGUUAUUUCCUCCUCCUCCUCCUCCUCCUCUCGAUGACUCCUCCUUUUUAUCCCUUCUCUUUUAGAUUUCUUGAUAAUAUAUAUUUUCUUAACCAAAUUCAGAGCUUGAUCGUGUAAGAAAUGAGCGUUGACCUUUUAUCUUGAUCAAAACCCUAUCAAAACAGCCUUAACCACGCAAAAAGUUUGUAUUUUGGGGUUAGGGUUUGUUAAUUCUUGAUGUUCGGAAAUCUGGGUUGGUGUUAUUUAUGUUAAAUGUCAUUUUGAUUGUUAGAAUUGGUUUUUGAUAGCAUUGUUUGUGCUUUUUUUGGGUUGUGGUGUAAAUUCGUAAUAGUCAAUGGAAAAGGAUGUUGGUAAGGAUGCUAAUGGAUCAAAAAACGAGCCUUUGAUGAUGACUUUAGACUCUCCAGAUGUUGAGGAGGAUGUUGAAGAGAAUGGAGAAGAUUAUAGUGAGUUCAAGGCUUUGUUGCCUCCUAGGAAAGGUGGGAUGUCAAGAAGUCCAGACAAAGUCAGGAGAAAAGUUCAGUGGAAUGAUAAUAACGGGAAUAAGCUUGUGGAGAUUUUAGAAUUCGAACCCAGUGAUGUUGGUGAUUCUGAUGAAGAGGAUGGUGAGGCACCUUGCCAUCCUUGUCAACAUUUUGGCGCUGCUUGCCGAAGGGAAAUUUAAGGAGGGAUUUUGGUGGUUUCUUUUGUGGUGAGUUCUCAAACAAGCAGCUUUGAAUUGGUGGAUCUUUUCCUGGGAAAUAAAACAGACAGAAAUAAAGAUGAUCUAGCUCACAUGAGAUGUCAUAGGAUAUCAAUUAAAACUGAAUAUUUUUGCUUUUUGACAUAUGAUUGUAUAUAAGAGAUGAAUAACACUCUGACGAUUAAAGUUACAUUUACUUCA